CGUUCCUCUUCGCUGCCAAUUGCGAGAGAACUCACCCCAUCCCUCCCAAGCUCUCUCUCUCUCUCUCUCUCUCUCUACCUGCGACGGACGGUGAUGGGUAAUCAUCCACGGCAGGGUCGACCGGGAGUUGGCUCGGCGCGGCGGCGCUGAUUCCGCGGCCACCGCCGGCGGCGAAGGGAUCCGGCCCCAGCAGCAGCGAGAUCUCCGCUCGCGCCUCAGAGGGAAUUCCAUGGCUUUUGUGUCUCCAGCUCUUGAGUGAAUCUGCUGCUCUUUGCUUCGCUCGUGCAGUUUGAGAAAGGCUGUUCGAGGUCGUUCGGCUUGUGAGGAGCAUAGUUCCGUCCAAUGGCAGAGGAGACGUCUGAUACUAUGAACCUGGAUUUGAAUCUGGGACCCGUUUCCGAUCGAGAGCUGGAUGUGUCCAAUCGAAUUGCGGAUUUUGAGACCUGGUACGAGGGACAGCUUCGGAGGAUGAGAGAGGCUAGCAGGAUGAGGGAAGCUAGGUUGAGGGGUCGGCAGCGGUGGAGACGGCGGGCAGCUCGGAUUUCGCCGGAUGCUCGGAACAUUUCCAUGGACCUUGAUCAGCUGGUGAUUGACUCGGGUAAUGUGACGACCUUACACACCGGUGAGGGGAGUGCUCCUGCUGAGGAUAGAUUAGGAGAGGAGCCCAAAGUUUGUGAGAACAACGCGAGUUUUCUAGUAGAUGCCAAGUCAGAGAAGAAGGAUGACAUGGAGAAAGGCAGUGAGACUGAGGGGAGCUUUUUCGAUUGCAAUAUAUGUUUGGACUUGGCUAGAGACCCUGUUGUGACUUGUUGUGGUCACUUGUUUUGCUGGCCAUGCCUUUACCAAUGGUUACACAUUCACUCGGAUGUGAAGGAAUGUCCUGUUUGCAAGGGAGAGGUAACUGUUAAGACCGUGACUCCAAUAUAUGGGCGUGGGAACAGUACUUGUAAGCCUGAGGAAGAUUUGACUCUCAAGAUCCCCAUGAGGCCUAAUGCACGUCGUGCUGAAAGUUUCAGGCAAGUUGUUCAGAGAUCUCCCCUGCAUUUCCCUAUGGAGGACAUCAUUCGGCAUCUUGGGAGUAGAAUUGAUUUGACCCAGGAUAUGACUGAGCCGCCGGAGUCUAGUGAUAUCCGUGAAACACCAAGGAGUAAUUCUGUACUAAAUCGAAUUUUGACUAAUCGUGGAAUGCGUAGAGAACAAACUGCAACUGUGCCGCCGCCUGAUGAUGAUGUUCAUUUUCUGAGGGACAACAUUCCUAAUACUGAUCGGAGAGAGAGCCGCCGACUCUCUCUAUUGAUUAGAAGAACACAAGCUCAUAGAAAUGCUACAAGUCCUAUGGAAGCAUAUUUGCGCGAUUAUAAUCUAGGAAGAAAUGAGGAGCAGCCUCCUUCGGUUGACGAUAGAGAUUCUUUCUCAAGCAUUGCUGCUGUAAUAAACUCAGAAAGCCAAAUGGAUACCGCUGUUGAGAUUGAUUCAAUGGUAUCCCUUUCAACUUCAUCUUCAAGAAGAAGAGGUGAUGCUUCUAGGACUUCAGAUGUUGACAGUGGGGAUUCUCGUGCAACCAGGAGGAGGCGACUGGACUGAAAGCAUACUCGACCAAUCAAGUAUUCAUACUCUACAUCUGUACAAGCGUGAAUUGUUGCUUAAAAACUGCUUCUGCAGCUCUGCUUUAGUCUCAUUUUUCUUCCAGAUAGUUGUGGCUCAGGUAAUUAUGAAACUUUUGAACCCCUUCUGCUUUGUUUGGGUUAUAAGUUACUUAAUAUAGAAUCUUCAGUACCUUAUGAAUUGCAAAUCAAGAUGUGGUGGGGUUGGAUGUUAA